UUGAACUGCUAGCGUGGGUGUGUGCGCUAUUAAAACAAGGCGCAGACUCCUCUGGGUGACUCACUCUGAUGCUCGCUUUUCCAUGCUGAAACCCAGCACGGAUUGUUAAUCAGAUGAACUUUCGGGAAUUGUGUAGCCGACAGCGAGCAGCUUUUUACCCGCAGACAUCAUGGUUUCAAACGCUCUCUGCGCGCUGUGCGGACUAAUAAUAGCGGCCGUGAUCAAUUUCUAUGGUGUGAGCGCACAGAAGAGUCAGUGUAGCAGUUCAGAGUUUCUGAACCCAGAUUUGGAUGUCUGCGUGCCAUGUUCAUUGUGCAAGCAGUACCCAAAGACCCCAUCAUGCAACACAUGUAAAUCUGUGGACCAGACAUCUGAUGUAUGGAAACUGGCAGCCAUCACCAGUUUCUCAGUGCUGGCUGUCGUGCUGGUCGGCGCUGCGUUGAUUAUCGGGGUCAUGGUGCAUCGACACAAGUCACACAAACGGCCUCUACGCGAACCCAUUGAAGAAACUGCGGGGCCACUUUAUCAAGCUUAAACGAAUCACCUCAUCUUCCUCUGGAAAUGGAUGUGACAGAACCAAGAAGCGACUGGUUCGGAGCCCGAUGGAGGAACCUCUGGACCAUGAACUGUGUACUCUGACUGCAGGGUAUCUCUCGACCAGAAAUGGACCAUUUUAAUUUAUUAGACCGUUGAGCGAAGAUAAGUGCUAGGUUCUCAAUGCUCAGUGUAGGUCCAACAGUGACCACAGGACUUUCAAAGAGCAACUCUCACACCUCCUGUAGGAAUAGUAACAUUACAUUGGUGGUAUCAUUUUCUGAUUGUGUGUGCCUUACUUAAAAUAUCCCAUUUAAAUUAGAUUUUGAUCUGGGAGACCUUUGUGGAUUUGCAGAUGUUUCAUGUCAGAAGUAAGAUAAAACUACAGUCCUUUCUUUAGAGAGAUGGAUGCUUUCCAAACCCUGUAUUGCAUUGUGCUGUUUUCCAGCAGGACUCCGAUGAAUGUAACACAGCUACUGCUGCCUACUGGGCUGCAGUUUUAUCUCCUGCUAUUCAGCAGGGUUAGACGGGGUCUAUCUGCUGGUCUUUUACCACAACAGCCUCUUAAAGAUAAAUCACAUGUGAGUAAGACAUACUGUUAGGCACAUUAAGGCCAUUUGAAUGUAGCUACUUUCGCAGUAGAUGAAAUGUAUUCUGUCCUUUGGCCUUGCCAGUAUCUCUGUGUACCUGUUCUUUCAGUAGCCUCAUGCAGUGAUAAAAGCUGUUGAUUAAGGGAGCAAACUGUACUCAUCCACUGUUACUGGGUCUUCUGAGACCGACACAGACCCUGUAUUGCAGGUCAUUGCAAUAUUGUUUGUUGUCUGUUUUAAUGUUUACUAGGUUUUAGGAGAUUUUAGCUAGAUUCUUCCUGUUUGAAUCCCAGAAUUCAUACAUUACUGUCCCAGCGCUUGUAGGGCAGGAUGUUUGAAACACUAGACAUGCAAUCCCAAACUGCUAACACGUGGGAAUGUUGCGAGGAAUGUACUGUAGUGAGGAAAAUUACACCUGCAGUGUUUUAGGUGGAGCUACACAAUCACUAUGCUUGGUAACUUUUGGACUUUCAGGUCAGGUUUCACAUCUGCAACAAGGCAAAAAGAUUUCUGUCUAGAUGUGUAAUUUUGUAGCCACUGAAACCAGCGAGAACCACAGUGGGCAUGGUUGUUGUUUUCUACUUGUUUUAUAGCUCAAGAUCAUGCAGAAUGUGGUUACUGAAAUAUUUAAUGUGACGGACAAUGUUUCAAGUCAUAUUUUGAUUCUGUCUGCUUGUAGGUAAACUGCUUGCCCUCUGGCAGCAAAAUCACUUAAAAUACAGAUACUUUGGCUUUUCUUUUAGAUUUUUAUAUUAUUUAUUUGAAAGUAUCUUGCAGUGUUUUGCAUCAGCUGGAGUGACAAGCGCAUUUUUAAAGUGUGUUAAACUUCCACCAGGCCAGCCAACGAUGUUACUGAGCAAUAACUAACAUUUUCUGCUUAUUUCUCUUGCUUUCUAUUUCUUGUUGUAUAUACUGCACAUGCACUGGCUUCUUUUACUUAUUUCAAUCUUGUAAACUGCUUUCUGUACCAAAUGUAUUUUCACAAUAAAACUGACAACAGUAAUGCA